UUUUUUUCAAGCUGUUUACCAUAUUUUUUUCGUCUCUGGGUGGUUGGUGUGAUAUUGUAGUGAGAAAAUAGAUAAAAAAAGUUCCAUAAAACUGCCAAUAAAAUAACCAAUUUUUUUAUUCUAUCCUGAAUUCAAUACAGUUAAUUAAUAAAAGACUAAUUCAAUAACAAAAGAAAAGUCGUAGUUUUUUUUUUGUGAAAAAAAAAGUUUAGAAAACACCAAAAUUUAGUGUUCAAGUUUCAAAGUUCAAUACGCUAGCUUUACUUUGGAAUAGAAAUAAAGAUAAUAAAAGAGAAACCUUAAAAACGAAUUUUUCAACUCGGUGUUUUUUGAUAACGUCGACCCCAAACAGAGUCCAGAUAAGAAAGAUAACAACCAUUAAAGUACGCCUUUGUUUCCAAUCUAAAAAAACAUUAACAAAGUCCAACAAAACAACAAGAGUGACCAGCCCAGUUCUCUAGAAGAAGAAACAACAUGUCAUCGAUCGAGGAAAGGUUCAAUGCCGCUGUCAAUGUUAUUAAGAACCUUCCAAAGAAUGGAUCUUAUCAGCCCAGCAACGCUAUGAUGUUGUCAUUUUAUGGAUACUUUAAACAAGCAACCAUUGGACCCUGCAAACAGAAAAAACCUCAAUUCUGGGAUGUUGUUCGAAAAGCUAAAUGGGAUGCCUGGUCAUCAUUGGGUGAUUUACCCAAAGAACGAGCAAUGCAACUUUACGUUGAUGAACUCCGUAAGAUCAUUGAAACAAUGUCAUACACCGAAAACGUUGCCAAUUUCAUGGGUAGCGUCAGUGAAUUGGAGAGCAUUAACUUGGAUGAUCUUGAAGCUGUCGCUCCUGGUAUUAUGAAGGUUGCCCAGUCUCAUCCCAAUUCACCAUUCAGCUCUCGUUGCAAUAGUCCACAACCUGGACUAACUGCUAACGGAGAAAUUCAUCAAAAUGGACACGCGAAUGGCUCUGGAGGUGAAAGUGAAACGGAUACCUACAUGAUAUCCAAAUCUCAUCAUAGUCAGACUGUUGAUCAAUCUGAUGAUGAAUAUACAGAUACAGUGGAGGAUAAUCUCGAGAUGCCUUCAUUUCGAAAACAUGUCAAAUCGCAAUAUGUUCAUCCGUAUCAUAGUUCGUUCAAUUUUCAGACACCUAGCGAACUUAGUGAUUUACCUAUCUUAGAAAAUGGCUCCAAUCACAGGGCUAACGAUACAAAUCAGCAAUUAGUUUUGGAGCAAAUUCAAAGCAGCGUUCGCCGUAUGAGCGUUGAUUUUGCUGCUAUUAACCAACGCAUGAGUGCUGUUGAAAAGAAUUUGUCUGAAGUCAGCUUUGCACUAAAAAAAAUGCGACUUGAAAGGAAACCAGAAUGGUGGCCAUUCCAAGACAUUUCGCCGCAAUGGUUUGUUUUCCUAAUAUUGUGGCCGUUUUUGGCCAAUCGACUAUCACGUAUGAUUCAACGAAGAAAAUAAUAAUAAUUAUGUAAAUAAGUUACAGGUGUAUGUUUGUAUAGUUUUUAAAUUCUAGCAAAAAAAAAAUCAUUGCAAUUGUGAUUAUUUUUUUGAAAAAAAAAAAGAAAAUUAAUUUGUUUUGCUUUUUAAAUUUUGUUUUUAUUGUUAUGUUUUUUUUUCAUAUAUGAUUUUUAUUCUAUUUAAUUUGUUAUUAUUUUUAAAAUGAAACUGCAUUUUUUGUGCUGCGCCUCAUUUUAAAUAAAAAAAAAAACUAUGAUAUUCUGGUUGUUGAAAUAUGAACAAAACAAAAAAAAAAACAAACAAAACUCUAAAUAGAGAAUAUUUAUUAAAGUGCAAUGAUUUAUUGAAAACAUGACGAUUGAGGCGAUUAUAAUUGAUAAAAUAGGAUGAAAGGGUUAUUUUUUAAAUAAGAAGAUUAAAGUUAAGUAAGCAUGGGUGAACAAAAAAAUAAAAAAUAAAUUGUAAUAACAUAAAUUAUUAUGAACUAUUUAAGGGUUUUAUUAUUUCGCUUAUUAUACAAAACAUUUUAUGUAUAUUUAAUUUUUACAACAUAAAUAUUUAAAAUAUAUUUUUAUUUUUCUGUAUUUUGAGGUAUAAAAUAAAUUCUUUUUAUAUUCAAAAUUAUACAAGUGUUAUAUUAUUCUUUGAUGCGUUGGAUUUUUAAAAUUUAAUUUUAAUCCUUGUUUUGUUGUUGUUGUUGGUUUUGAUUUUGAAGUAACUAUUAUUUGGUGGCAUGAGGAUGUGAUGGUCAUGCCAUUGAUUUUGUUCGGAGUCUCUUAGUUCGCAAUCGGAAAGAAAUUAUUGAUUGAAACAAUUUAUUCAGCAAAAUUUUAUUAGGUGAAAGUUACUGCUAGCAAUUUUUUCAAAAUAUUUUGAACAUAACCCGAUUAAAUAAAACAUGAAUCUAGACAAAUCACGAUUCUGAUCUUUUACAAUUGAGCAUUGUAGAAGUAAUUCAAAAGACGGUGCUGAAAAUAGUAGUUGAAUGAAUAAAUUAAUAUAUUUCAUUAUUUGAGAUUUCUUUUAUUAAAUUAA